GUUUUUUCCCUUUCCAAUACUUAUCUCUUUGUUUUGGGAAAUUGUUAUUGCUGUAAGAUUUAAAUGGGAUGGUUCAACCACCAAACAGACCAAAUAUAAACAGUAAAUAUAUCACCAUCAAAUAACAAACAAUGAUUUACACAUAUAUCUUCUUGUGAAGUGAACGUGAAGAAAUGAAUUCCCUCCCACCUAGCUCCAAUAACACCCUUAGUUCCUUCCUAAAAAUGAUUAUCAUGACAUUCUUUAGUAGGUAAUCCUAGAAUUAUCCCACCAAUUUGUAACAAACAACCUCUUCCUUCGUCGUCUCAUAUAUAAACCCAAAUUGGACAAACCAAAAUGUGACAAGACAAAAUUUCGUCGUCAUCUUCAUUAAUGCAGUUAAGUGACAACUGGAAAAUGGAAAGGGAAGAAGGAGUGGUGGUGCGGGGACGUGUGGAGAUUGACACGCGGCAGCCUUUUCGGUCGGUGAAGGAAGCAGUCAUGUUGUUUGGGGAAAAGGUGUUGGCCGGAGAAAUUCAUGCCAGGCAGCUUAAAGAGCAUUCAGUGCAGACCAAGGCAAGUGAUCGACAAAAGCAGCAUAAAUUUGGGGCACCAAGAGUUGAGCUUGAAGAGACAAAGCAAAGUCUCCAGAAAGCUAAAGAAGAAGGAGAUUUCAUGGCCCAUUGCCUUCAAUCUCUUAGAGAAGAGUUGGAACUAACAAGAAGAGAGAUACAGCAGUUGAAGACAAGAGAAGUACCCCAGCAGAAAGUACCGUUAGCGGAUCCUGAUGAGAUUGAAGAGCUAAAAUUCAUUGAGCAACCAUCAUCGAAAGUUGAAGUCAAAACACAAACCGGGGAAGAUGAUGAUGAUGAGAUCGAGUUCGAGAAGAAGAGGUCAGUCAAGUUUGCUAGUCCUCCACUGCUUACUAAGGUCAUUGACAACAAGGAAGACGUUAAGAAAGAAUAUGAGACGAGUCCUUCACAGCUCAAGAAGAAAUUGAAGAGGAAGCCGUUAAUCCCUUUAAUUGGUGCAUUGUUCUCCAAGAAGAAGGGAAAUCAGGAAAAUUAAUCUUAACUUGUUUCCCUAAACAUGUGUUGCGGUGAUAGGAAACUAGCUAUGUUACUCUACCAGUAAAAUUCAGCUUCUGGCCUUGUUUUGAAUAAGAAAAUGAUAGAGGUCUUAAAUAAAAGAUCCGUACCAUUUUAUUUCUAA